CAACUCAACGCUAAAAAUGAAGGUGGCGUGGGCCGAUGUCGAGAUCAUUUGCGUCGACGAGCAUUUGACGUCCAUCGACGCUGUCGAGAGACUCGUCGUCGACCGCGUGCAGCACCUCAAUGUCUCGUUCAACCUCCUCACGGAUUUGGCCAGCCUUCACGCCGCUACAAAUCUUCGCGUCCUCAACGUUAUGCACAACCACCUUGCGUCGUUGGACGGGGUCGCGCCACUACUGCAGCUGCGGACACUCAAGGUCGGACACAACCGAAUCGCGCAUCUCGGCGCUGCCUUGGAGAAGCUCUCGCAGCUCCAAGAGCUAUGGCUCGACCACAACCGCAUCGAACUCUGUGAGCUGCCGCGCUUCCAGGCGCUGUCUGAGCUUCAGACGCUCGUGCUCGAGCCGAAUCCGUGCUGCAAAGAGCCUUCGUACAAGCUGUACCUAAUCAACUGUCUUCCGUCGCUUCGCCGCCUCAACGGCAUGCACGUCACCGACGACGUGCGACAGCGCGCUGCGGCAUUUCGUGCCAGUGCCGAAGGCCGGGCGUUCGAGCGGCUCGUGCAGAGCAGCAGCACAAACAGCGCCAAGGCGACUAGCAAGGCCAAAUCGAUGAACGAGCGUGAAGCCAAAAAGGGGCGACCUGACAAGGUUCCACCCUCGUCAACACCGCACGAACCUAGCCGUAGCAACAACAACAGUAUGGACCACGAGACGGAGGACAGAACCAUCUCUGAGGCACCAGCAUCACCCCCUCCAAAGCUUCCGACACGGCGCUUGCCUCUGAAAACCAAGGGCCAUCGCAAAUCGCCGCUGCCAUUCGACGUCGAGAGCUACCCGAUUCAAGACUAUAUGCCAGCUACAACGUCUCCGCCAGAAGGGGCACCGACUAUCGAUGUCAUGCAGGGAGGCGCCGUCGUCGCGCUGUCGAUCGCCGAUGCUGUCGGCGGUCUUCCCGUGUUUGGAACUACCAAGCCGCUGAAGAAACCAUCCGCACAAGUGCCUCUAAAGACCAAAAAAUCGAGUCGAGCGCUGCCACCACCCCAGCCCGAGACGGUCGACGACUCGAAUCAAGUUGAUGCUGGAAGGCGCGACGAAGACGAUGACGACAUUCUCGACAUGGAGGCCUACGUGGCACCAAAGCCAGCCCUUCCCGCAAGCGCACCACCCAGGCAAGCCGAGUACAGCUUCAAGUACCCUGGCUCCACCGUCACGGGCGUGCACAUUCGAUGCGACGGCUCCGCACUCGCGCGCUGGCCCAACGGCGCCAUCGCAGCGACGGUCGACCGAGAUGUCGACGGCUCGUCGCGCAUCUACGGAACGUACAAGGACGGCUCGCUUUUGCUGAAUUUUGACGGACACGGUGCAGGGUUUGUCAACUACGCCAACGGCAAGACAAUGCUCUCGACAUCUGCGGCCGGCGACGGUCUCUACCUCAGCGCCGAGAACGGUGGCAUCCUCGCUUCAUGGAAUAAGAGCGACGGGUCGCAGUGGCGGGACGUGACUGCCAAGCUCAGCGAGAACGUCGGCGUCGGUCUCACGCGGUUGCCACGGGGCGAGUUGCGUAUCGACGUGUACCUCGUGUGCAACGCGCUGCGGGCGCGCGUCACCAACGGCUACAACCUCGCGAUGGCCACCGGCGACGACUGCAGCUCUCUCUUUGGCAAGCCACAAAGCGCCAAGAAGAAGGCAGUGCGCCCCAAGCUGCCGCAUGCCGACCUCGUCUCGGAGAUCCGCGCGGCAGCCGCCAAGCUUUUCUAGUCGACCUCCUGUACGAUUACUGAUCGUACUAUAUACUGUACCAAACGAUUAGGUCCAUUGCCUCUCUUCACACAGACAAUGCUAACAAAAAAGGACAUGUAACAGGG